CAAACUCAUCGCCGACACUCAAAACUCAUCUGGAACAUUCCCACGGCGUAGCAAAGUCAUAGCCACUGGUUCGGACGCCUCAAAAUUUGACCUUGUCCCUGUAAAACAACGCACGCAAUCACCAUGUCAGACGCGACCGAGCGCCAAACGCUCUUGCCUUCCUCUAACACCCGUCAUCCUCUCUCACCACCUUCGCUCACUCGGUCUGGAAGCUCAGCAACACUAAUAGCAUCGAACUAUGGCGCGGCCGAUGGAGAUACGGACUCGCAACCACCAAAACCGAAAGUAGAGCAGGAGCUGCAUCACAAGCAGUUUCAUGAGAUAUGGGCUUUAUUCAUGGGCCUGGCGUUUGCUGUAUUUUGCUCAGCCCUCGGCGCGACUAUCGUGGCCAAUCUCACUAUCGAGAUCGGCUCGUACUUUCAUGCCGGUUCUCUGUCUUCAUGGCUCGGUACAGCCUUCCUUCUGGGUCUCACAGCUAUGACACCUCUAUACGGUCGUCUCGCGCAAGUCAUGGGCCGAAAAGGGUGCAUGCUUCUGGCUUUGACCUUCUUUCUGACUGGUACGGUGCUGUGCGCGGUGGCACCGAGCAUGCAUUUCAUGCUGUUCGCUAGAGGCGUUGCGGGAGCAGGAAGUGGUGGCAUCUUGACCGUCACCGCCAUCAUUAUCUCCGACCUCGUCUCCCUCGCCGACCGUGGCCUCUACCAAGGCGGUAUCAACCUCCUCUUCGGUGCCGGAUCUGCCUCCGGUGCCAUUCUCGGUGGAUACAUCUACGACAAAUUUGGCUGGCGGGCGGCUUUCUGGGUACAGGUGCCCCCGGUCUUGUUUACGUUUGUGAUGGUCAUCUGGAAGGUAGAUGUGGGGAGAGAAGAAGGCGAAAAUACUGGAGGAAAGACGGUUUGGGAGAAGGUGAAGGGUAUAGAUUGGCUGGGGAGUUUUGUGCUCAUGAUGGGAAUAUCGAGCUUCUCCAUAUUCUCAUCGCUUUUCACCUCUUCUCAGUACCCUUUGCUCCACCCUCUCCCGCUCUCACUGUUGAUCGCUUCCAUCGUCGCAUGUCCCGUCUUCUACGUCGUGGAGAAACGCGCACACCAGCCCAUCCUCCCUCUCACGCUGCUCACCCGGGCACAGCCGAGUAUCGUUCUUGCUGGUUUCGUGUCUACUACUGCCACCAACUUUUCUCGACUGUAUAUGCAACCGGUCUACCUGCAUGUUGUGAGAGGAUUGAACGGUUCCGAGACGGGGUUGCUUCUUAUCCCGAGCUCUAUUGCUGGAUCGUUCUCUUCCCUAUACGCGGGAUGGCACAUGAAGCACUGGAAAGAAUACAAAUGGUUCCAAGUCUGCACAUCACUCAUCCCAUGGCUUCAAGCGUUCUCCAUCAUGGUCGGCUGGGGUCCCGAGACGAGUACGACUAGGCUGUGGAGUGAGAUGGCCCUUGGGUCUUUGGGAGGAGGCGCUACCAUCACUACCCUCAUGAGAAUGUCCACCCCUUACCUUCUCAUGCCCAUGAUACUGAUGUUUACAUAGCCUCCCUCAUCGCAUGCGUCGAACCCGCCGAAAUCUCCCUCGCCAUCUCCGCCUGCUACCUCUUCCGCGCGAUCGGUCAAGUUAUCGGCGUCGCCAUCUCCUCCGCUAUCCAACAAUCCAUCCUUAUCUCUUCCCUCUCUUCGCGCUUCUCUUCAAACCCAGAUCUCGUCAGAAAGUUGAUCCAGGAGCCGGCGGAGAUCAUGCCUCUGUUGGGGGUGGAAGAAGCGUGGGAGGCAAGGCUGGCUUAUCUGGAUAGUAUCAGGGGAGUGUUUGGGUUUGUGGUGAUUGGAGGGAUUGCGUUGACGGGUGUUUGUAUCAUGAUCAGAGGGAGGAAGCUUUGAUCGAUUGCGCUCUUGGGCUUCUUGUUGAGACUUCUUGUUGAUAUGAGUGUCAUAAAAUUUGAUUUAUUAAGAUGUCAUGUAUCAUCGA